AUGGCUUCCGAAAAACCUCACCAAUUUUAUCCUCAUCUUCACUUUGUUCUCUUCCCUUUCAUGGCUCAAGGCCACAUGAUUCCCAUGGUUGAUAUUUCUAGGCUCUUGGCUCAGCGCGGUGUGACCAUAACAAUUGUCACGACGCCUCAGAACGCUGAGAGGUUCAAGAAUGUCUUAGACCGUGCCAUCGAGUCUGGCUUGCCCAUUAACCUCGUGCAUGUGAAGUUGCCAUAUCAAGAAGUUGGGUUGCCAGAAGGAAAAGAGAAUAUAGAUUCGCUUGACUCGAUGGAGUUCAUGGUUCCUUUCUUUAAGGCGGUUAACAUGCUCGAAGAGCCAGUCUUGAAGCUCAUGGAAGAGAUGAAACCGAGACCAAGUUGUUUGAUUUCUGAUUUGUGUUUACCUUAUACAAGCAAAGUGGCCAAGAAGUUCAAUAUACCAAAUAUCGUUUUCCACGGAACGGGUUGCUUUUAUCUCUUGUGUAUGCAUGUUUUACGCCGAAAUCCCGAGAUCUUGCAGAAUUUAAAGUCGGACAAAGAUUAUUUCUUGGUUCCUAGUUUUCCUGAUAGAGUUGAAUUUACGAAGCCUCAAGUUCCCGUGGAAACAAACGCAAGCGGAGACUGGAAAGAUUUCUUGGAUGAUUUGGUAGAAGCAGAAAAUACAUCCUAUGGUGUCAUCGCCAACACAUUUCAGGAGUUGGAGCCUGCUUAUGUCAAAAGCUACAAAGAGGCUAGGGCUGGAAAAGUAUGGUCCAUUGGACCCGUUUCCUUGUGCAACAAGGUAGGAGAAGACAAAGCUGAAAGGGGAAACAAGGCGGACAUUAAUCAAGAUGAGUGUUAUAAAUGGCUUGAUUCUAAAGAAGAAGGUUCGGUGCUAUAUGUUUGCCUUGGAAGUAUCUGCAAUCUUCCUCUAGUCCAGCUCAAGGAGAUCGGUCUAGGCCUUGAGAAAUCCCAAAGACCUUUCAUUUGGGUCAUAAGAGGUUGGGGAAAGUAUAAGGAGCUCGCAGAGUGGAUCUUGGAGAGCGGUUUCGAAGAAAGGGUCAAAGAGAGAGGGCUUAUCAUAAAAGGAUGGUCACCCCAAGUGCUGAUCCUUUCACACCCUUCUGUUGGAGGAUUCUUGACACACUGUGGAUGGAACUCGACUCUUGAAGGAAUCACCUCCGGUGUUCCACUCAUCACUUGGCCAUUGUUUGGAGACCAAUUCUGCAACCAGAAACUGGUCUUGCAGGUGCUAAAAGUCGGUGUAAGCGUCGGGGUUGAAGAGGUCAUGAAAUUUGGAGAAGAGGAGAAAAUUGGAGUGUUGGUGGAUAAAGAAGGAGUGAAGAAUGCAGUGGAAGAAUUAAUGGGUGAGAGUGAUGAUGCAAAAGAUAGAAGAAGGAGAGCCAAAGAACUUGGAGAAUUAGCUCACAAGGCUUUGGAGGAAGGAGGCUCUUCUCAUUCCAACAUCACAUUCUUCAUACAAGACAUAACGCAACUAGCACAAUGA